UCUUUUCGCUUCAAAAUAUAUAAAUCAGAAAAAGAAAGGUUAUGAGAACCAAAUUACAGGGAAAAUAAUGAUUGAAAUUUUUGCAUCACGCAAAACCUUAAAGUACCUUUGUACUUACGCAGUCUCACACAGUCACAGUCUCUCUUCUCUUCUCUUCUCUUCUCUCUCUCUCUUUCUUUCUUUCAUUGUCCUAUCCUGCUAUAGCUAUUUGAAAUAUUCCCACUGUUUCUACAUCACACCCAUAAUCAUCACGCCUCUACCAGCCCACAAUCACCCUCUCUCUCUCUCUCUCUUCUCCUUCCCCUCACAUUCCCUUCUCUAUAUCAAAACACCAUAAUUAAACUCUACUUCUUUCUCUGUAAUGUCCAUAAACCACUUCUCUUCAGACCUUCCAGAAAGUCUCUGGUGGCCUCACCACCUCCACCACCAAAAACUAUCCAUCAUGGAACCAAGCCCAAACUCUAAUGCAUCCCUUUACCCUAUGCCACACAACUCCAAUUCUUCUUGGCCUUCUCAUCCCUACCCCCAAUAUCACCACCACCACCACCCCAUGUUCUCUCCCCAUAACCCCUCUCUCAAUUUCAGUCUCAACCGCGAAGACGAUGAAGAACAAAACCCUGAAGAAGAAUCACACCACCACCACCACCACCAAGCAGAACUGGAAAAAGAAACCAUGUUCGAGAAACCCUUGACCCCAAGCGACGUUGGGAAGCUAAACCGUUUAGUAAUACCAAAACAACACGCGGAGAAAUAUUUCCCUCUCGGCGGUGACUCAGGUGAUAAAGGGCUCUUACUGAGUUUCGAGGACGAGUUAGGCAAGUGCUGGAGGUUCAGGUAUUCAUAUUGGAGCAGCAGUCAAAGCUAUGUAUUGACAAAAGGGUGGAGCAGGUAUGUGAAGGAGAAGCAACUCGAUGCAGGCGAUGUCGUUUCAUUUGAACGGCACCGUACGGAAGGUGAGAGGCUGUUUAUAGGGUGGAGGAGAAGAGGAGAUAACAGCAGCAGUGGGGUGGUGGUGCAGGGUAGCAGUGGUGGGGUGUGGACUAGGGGAUUGUAUUCUUCUUCAUCUGCGCACCAACCUUAUCAACAUGGCCAUGAGGCUAAUGUUUCUACUGGUGUCCCAUAUCAAUCUGAGUGUCUUCAUGCAGGGUCUGGUGUGCAGAACUCAAAGAGGCUGAGGCUAUUUGGAGUAAACUUGGAGUGCCAAAUCGAUGAAUCAGAGCCAUCUACACCAGAUGGUUCGUCUUUAUCAAGCCAGGGUCCAACCCAACAGCAACUCUACAGCUUUUACUCAUCAGCUUAUUAAAGCUUCUUCUUCUUCUUCUUCUUCAAAUAGCAGUCGUAGUCACAUGGUAAGCUACAUGUAGUUUUAAUAUAAUAUAAAUUUAGCUUAAAAGGUAAGUUAUAACUUCUAAGCUUAUUCUCUACUGUAUAGUUUUGAUUUAGCUGUUUCUUAUAGAGAGACAGAUUACUAUAUAAUAAUAGUAAAGAGAUUAGUUGAUUAAUGAGGCCAAAGGUAGGCCAACCCCAGCACAUGUUCAAAUUGCAUUAGUCUAAAUUUUGCAGCUUUGAUUAAGAAGGUAGCUCAGGUGCUAACUGGCCUCUUUUAUCUUUUCAUUAUCUCUUGAUUAUAUUAAAAUAAUAAUAAUUAUAUAGUUAGAGGUGUGAUGGGUUUUGAUUAGUGAGGCCAUUAGAUUCUUAAUCAAAA